CAAUAACGUGUGUGUGAUAAAAAAAGGAUAUUUACUGUGUGUUUAUCCAAUUUGGAUAAUCGAUAAACACAUGUAAAACUGUAAAUAACUUAAAGUAUUUUAAACUGUAAUUGCCUACGAAUCCUCAAGUAUCCGAACCUAAUUUACCUAACCGAAUCCUAAUUUUCUCAAAGUAUCCGAACAUUUGAGAAAAUUAGGAUUACCCCUUGCCACUGUGACGUGUUUGUCACUUUGUCUGUGAACUGUCAUGUAGUUUGUCACAACAAAAAAUUACUUUGAAAGUUCCAAAAGCACUGUGACACUCCAACUAGCCAACGAGGUUAAAAACUUAAGUCUUACUGGAAAAUGAAAUGCUUACAAAUUACAUAAAAAGGAAAAAGCCCAUAACGCAAUUGGUACUGUAUACCUUAAAAAUGGCAAAAAGUUCAUUUGAGUAUGUUAAGAAAUUUGAAUUAGAUGAUACUCUCUUGCCUAAUAGUUGGAUAGUGGUAAGAUUAGAUGGCAAGUGCUUUCAUAAAUUUUCAGACGACCAUAAGUUUUCUAAACCUAAUGAUUUGAGAGCUUUAAAAUUAAUGAAUUAUGCUGCUUUCAAUGUACUUCGUGACUUCAAUGACUUAUUAAUGGCUUUUGGGCAAAGUGAUGAAUAUUCUUUUAUUUUCAAAAAAACUACUACGCUGUAUAAAAGACGUGCAGCCAAAUUACUUACAACUAUUAACAGCAAAUUUUCUUCCUCGUAUGUAUUUUAUUGGAGUAAAUUUUUUGGCGAUGUCCCUCUAAAGUACCCGCCAACAUUUGACGGACGUAUAGUGUUGUAUCCUAGUGAUGAAAAUUUAAUAGAUUACAUGAAAUGGAGACAAGCAGAUGUCCAUAUAAACAAUUUAUAUAAUACUACAUUCUGGACCUUAGUUUUAAAAGGAAACCUAUCUCCAUCACAGGCUGAAAAACGUUUAUGUGGGACAGUCUCUGCUGAUAAAAAUGAAAUUUUAUUUCAAGAAUUUCAAAUUAAUUAUAAUAAUGAACUGGAAAUAUUUAAAAGGGGAACACUGUUAGUAAGGAAGACCAUUCCACAUAAUAAUGUAGAUAAACAUAAUAAUGUUAUAGUGGAUACACAUGAUGAUAUGCUGAAAGAUAGGUUUUGGAGUGAGCAUAAAAGUUUAUUAUUAAAUAAAUGUAAAGAACCAAUUGUGUAUAACGGACCUGUCACUGAUAUAAUUGCAGAGCAAGUAAAUUCUAUUAAAGAAUGAUGUCAACAAAAUAAAUUAUAUUAUAUUU